ACAAAACCCUUGUACUAAUAUAUAAGAGCCAAGUAUGGCUGAAAGCAAGAUUGGGGUAUAGUCAAAAUAAGAGCGAGAAGACAUGGCGAGAGAGAAGCAAGCAGAGAUAACAAUAAUGGAGCCGCUUAGCCCAGUGUCUCGGCUGUUUGUUUCGCCCGGUUUCUAUGGCGUCAUUGUCUUUACUUUAGGGUUUAAAACUAGAUGCAACUCAUCUGCCAUUGUUGAAGGUAUCAAGAACACAUGGAUCAAGCUUCCCCGCUUCUCUAGCAAAGUGGUGAUGGACGAUAAGAAAAAUGGAGAAGCGGUUUGGGUUCCUGUUAAUGUUCGAGUAGAAGAUCAUGUUUUUGUUCCGGACAUUGAUCAUUCUGACAUUACAAACCCUGAUCAAUUUAUAGAAGACUAUACGUCAAACAUAGCUAACACUCUAAUGGACAUGUCCAGACCUUUAUGGGAAUUUCAUGUACUGAAUAUAAAGACAUCAAACGCAGAAUCUUUAGGUAUAGGGAAGUUCCAUCAUUCACUCGGCGAUGGGAUGUCUCUUAUGUCUCUUCUAUAUGCUAGUUCAAGAAAAAUAUCAGACCCCAACGCUCUUCCUACUACUGCGACUACAAGAAAACAAGUUGGUUCCAAUGAUAAUUGGUGGCUGGUUGCCAGAUUUUGGCUUAUGAUUAGAGUCAUUUUUACAACUUUUAUUGAACUGUUCAAGUCCCUCCUUACACUAUGUUUUAUGCGGGAUACUAAAACUCCUCUCAUGGGUAAACCUGGAGAUCGAAAUGGACCUAGAAAGAUUAUCCAUCGGAUAGUAAGCUUUGAUGAUGUCAAGUUCGUGAAGAACACAAUGAAAAUGAAAGUCAAUGAUGUUCUUCUUGGAAUAACACAGGCAGGUCUCUCAAGAUAUUUAAGAAAAAAAUAUGGUGACGAUCCAGUGACUGAGAAGAAAAAAUCCUUAGAGGAAACACGUCUCCGGGGUACAAUAGCUGUAAAUCUAAGACCAGAAACAAAGAUCAAGGAUCUUGCUGAUAUGAUGACAAAAGGUUCAAAAUGUAGAUGGGGUAAUUUCAUAGGUGUUGUUAUAUUUCCUUUAUGGAUAAGAUCUGAGGAUGAUCCAUUGGAAUACGUCCGGAGAGCCAAAGCUACUAUGGAUAAGAAAAAAAUCUCCAUGGAAGCACUUGUGUUAUAUGGAUUCAUCAAAUUUACAAUGAAAAUAUUUGGCGUAAAGGCCGUAGAAGCUAUCACUAAGAGGGUAUUUAGCCAUACAACGCUGACAUUUUCUAAUGUGUUGGGUCCAAACGAAGAUAUAAGUUUCUUUGAACAUCCCAUGUGUUACGUCGGAGCAAGCGCAUUGAUUGGACCACAAGCUCUUAUCAUCCAUUAUGUAAGCUACGCAGACAAGAUUAUCAUCAAUCUAGCUGUCGAUACAACAGUGAUUCCAGACCCUCAUGUACUAUGUGAUAAUUUGGUAGAGUCGCUUGAAAUCAUCAAACUUUCUCUCUUGGAGAAAGGACUUCAUAAAAUGGAGGUUUGAGACGUUCACGCGAUAUAAAAAUGGAAGUCUACGUUAAAAAGAUAACAUGUGGUGAAAUGUACUAUGUUAGCUUUUGUAUUUGUUAUGAUGUUGUGUUUAUUAUAUUAUAUAUAUACAUAUUCUACUUUGGUAGUAUAAACUUUUUAUUUGUAUACGAAAAAAGCAGACAUGUAGCAUUUACACAAGACGACCAAACGUAGACCACAAGCACCACUAACAUAUAUAUUUACAUAAUCAAUACCUAUUUUCAUCAGCAAACAGAAUUCGAUUCCCUUUUGCCUUGGAAUUAAAGGAACUGUUCAAGGGCUUGUGUACCAUUGCUGUUCAAGAGCUUCAUCAUGAAGUUAAACCUGGUGUCUGGAGAUGUCUUUGGUUGUGGCCAAUUUGCUCCUUCAGGGAUCUUGAUGCAUCUGUAACUUUGAUCUUUAUAAAGUUUCGUGGCCUCCGUAUAGCUCGACAUCCCCAGUUCGUGGCUUAACCCUCUGCUUUCCAGAUCAGUACUCUCGUAUCUGGAGAUGCCUUUGGUUGUGGCCAAUUUACUAACUGUCACAGCGACUAAACAUAUCCCUCUGGUAGGCACCCUGGUGGAACGGAGAAACCCAUUAUCAUCGCCAUCAACCUAUCAACUCUGAGGACAAGAUCAAGAGGGAACGAAUGUCCAGGGAAGAAGGAGGUGCAAUGUGUUUCUGCCACUUCCCACCAGUCCUCCACUCUAUCUUCCCGGACAACAAUUUCAGGUGAAACCACUGGGAAAAGAUCAAGUACAAACCUAAAAGAAAAGAACAACUUUAUCGUCUACUGACGAAUCAAAUCAUGUCGUAUGUUAAAGGAUGGGAGCUUUCAUGGAUCAUCAAUUACGACUAGAAGCGAUCUCUUCGAAUGAGACUCCCCCUUCCAUCUAUCAGUCAAAUUCUGUCUGUCCUCAGAACUUACAUGACUCUACUCUCCAGACAUAAAAAACAGUUUUGUUUGCUAUCCUGAUGUAUCUUGGGUAGAUAAUUAGCACUCUGCAGGCAUAGUCUGGGGCUUUAAAAGACUCCUGUAAUAAAAUCCUGCUUCAGGGAUCAGCUUCAACUGAUGCUACAGAUACAGUUUCAAUUUUGUUGGUGUAAGGUAAUGUUUUGUGGAAACUGCUCAGCUCUUUUUGUGGAGACUGUUCAGAAGCUGAUAGACUUGCAACUCAAGCUAGAACAGGAAAAUAACCAUAUGUUGUAAAGUGGAUCACAUAAAUAUUUGUCUGAGUCUGUUUGUACAACACUUAUAUAAGUUUCUCUAUAAAUAAUAAUAAUAUUUAAGGUUUAACUAUAAUUAGAAUUGUAACUCGAUCAAAAUCAAAGCCCGUGAAAUCUAACUCGUUGUUCUCUAGAACUCAGUCUAGUAGCAGCUAACGGAGAGUCAUAGAUCAUAAUGCCUUAGGUCAAACCUGAUUUGCUAGACGGAGUUUGAGAAACAGAAACCGUCGGCGAGAGAAGCCAUGACGGUUUUGCUUGAUCAAAGCUGAUGGGGAUAGCUCCGUCGUCCCCAUUCCCCAACGGCGUGCUCUGCAUUUCUCACCGCACUAUUACGGAGAUGGCAACAACAAAACCGGACGGUUCAACCGGUUCAAUUCGUUAGUAAGAAUCUUGAAAAAAUUACAAUAUGACAUACUUUUUCGUUCUCUACUAGGUGAUUUUCCAGUGAUUAUGCAUGGAUAUAAAUAUUUUUAAAGUAAAUAUAUUAUAAUAAUUGAUUGUUAAUUAUUUUUAAUUUUAAAUUAAUUUAUAAUUGAGUAUUUGCAUGCUAUAUACAAGAAAAACUAUUUAAUUAGCUAACCGGUAUAUGCGACUGUUUAGUACUGUUAUUUUUUCGUUAUUUCCAAUUGUAUCCCUCUAUUAUAGCCACUGCACAAUAUUAUUUCUCGCAUUUAGGACAACACACAAUCAUCUCUUUCCUCUUUGAUUCAUCACCGUAAAUAAACAAAGACAACACACAGAAAAAAUAAAUCAUUGAUAACUUAAGACACGAUCUAUUGAGAAACAAGAUUUUCCAACUUCGAGAUCCCUGAUUUUGAGGUAAACCAGAUCAAAAUACGAUCUCUGAUGGUUGUUAUCAUGGUAGCCAUGUUCCGAUGUACCACGUAUGUCCAUAGCGGGGGUUGCUGAGCCAACAACCCGAGUUGGCUAGAUAUUAAAGACGAAAGAGAUAAUUGUGAGAAAUAACAGAGAUGAUUGUGAUUGCGAGGAUCAGAUGUUGUGGAAAAAUAGGGUCCGAUUUUUAAGGUUUAGAUCUUGAGACCCGACUAGUUUUCUUCUUCAGUCAAUAUCCAGAUAUGCGCUCACUCACACCACACAAAGCCGCUGUUGUAGCCCGGUGAAGGUCUCGAUGGUUUCUGAAACAAAGAAAAAGAAAAGCUUGAAACAAAGAAAUGUAAUUACACAUUUGGUCAGAUGUAAUUAAAUAUUUCAUAUAGGCUAUAAGCACGUGCAUGAGGAUUAAUUUGUAAUUC